CAGCGGAGUGCUGACCCGGGGGUUGAAGGGUGCUGCUGUACCGGCAAUAGUGUCUGUGCUGCCACUGCGCCAUGGCUGUUUGUGCGAGGCUGUUAGAAUGGAUUUUCUUUUUCUAUUUCUUCUCACACAUCCCUAUCACCCUGCUGGUGGAUCUGCAAGCCGUCCUGCCCCCCAGCCUCUACCCACAGGAGUUGCUGGACCUGAUGAAGUGGUACACCGUCGCCUUUAAAGACCACCUGAUGGCCAACCCGCCUCCUUGGUUCAAGAGCUUUGUGUACUGUGAAGCCAUCUUGCAGCUCCCCUUCUUCCCCGUGGCCGCUUACGCUUUCUUUAAAGGCGGCUGCAAGUGGAUCAGGAUUCCUGCCAUUGUCUACUCGGCUCACGUGGCCACCACCGUCAUCGCUAUUAUUGGGCACAUUCUCUUUGGAGAGUUCCCCAAGUCGGAUGUGAUUGCACCCCUCACCCAAAAGGACCGGCUGACCCUGGUGUCCAUCUACGCCCCCUACCUGCUGGUGCCCGUGCUUCUGCUGCUCACUAUGCUGUUCAGCCCACGAUACCGGCAAGAGGAGAAACGGAAGCGGAAGUGAAGGCCUCGGCUAUAUCCCCGGGAUCAGUGAGAGACUGACAGAUCUUGCCAUUCCACACAAUUUUUGUGCCAUUUUUAAUUUCCGUUAUAAUUGUAUCAGUUGUUUUAAUUUUGCUUCCACCCCUCCUAAUUCAAGGGCCAAAAUACCCUAUAAACAGAAAGUUUAAAUUUUCAGACCCAUAACCAUUAUGUCUUAAUAGUUGUAGUUCAUCUUCAUUUGUUGCUAUUGGCAGCCUCUAUAACUAGCCACAGUUGGCAGAAAAUUGACUUUGUGAGAAGAUUAUUGUUAACAUGUACAGGUAUUGGGAUCCCUUAUCCGGAAACCUGUUAUCCAGAAAGUUCCGAAUUACUGAAAGGCCAUCUCCCAUAGACUCCAUUAUAAGCAAAUAAUUCUAAUUUUUAAAAAUGAUUUCCUUUUUCUCUGUGAUAAUAAAACAGUACCUUGUACUCCAUUUUGCCUCCAUUGGAGGCAAACCAACCCUAUUGGGUUUAUUCAAUAUUAAAAUGAUUUUUAGUAGACUUAAGUUAUGGAGAUCCAAAUUAUGGAAAGAUCCCUUAUCCGGAAAACCCCCGGUCCCAAACAUUCUGGAUAACCGGUCCCAUACCUGUAUUUAUAACAUGCCAGCAUGUCAGCCUUGCACAGCAAAUGGGUGCAUACAUUAAACAUACAAAAACAACCAAUGCAAGAGGCAAAGAGAGCCUUGCCCAAAAGCAAGCAAUCUAAAAAAUAAAAAUCUUGUGAUGUUAGAGUCCUCCUAAAGUUUCUCUGGUCAGUUCUAAGCGGAACAUCACAAGAUUCUUCUCCUCUCACUAAAUUCAUUUUCUGCCGAUUGGGUUCAGUUUGCUAAAAAGGUGGUGCUGCUCUUUGCAAUCUUUUAUAAUUAUUAUAUCUGGACCAGAUAUAAUGGACCAAAAACUGGGUGCUUUUAUUAUUGUUGCCUAUGCAAGCACUGGUGGAACUGCACUGUCUAUUGGUUCCUUAAUUAUAUUAAGGAAUACAAGCUUAGCCAUUUGUGUUGUGCACCAAACAGUAACUCUUUGCAUUUAAGGUGAAGACACACGGAGCUACUAGUAGCAGCUACUUUUUCACAGCUACUAAACGCCAAAUAAUACCCUGCCAUAGACAGUACUGAGAAUUGCCUCUGCUAAAACACACAUAGAGACAAUUAUCAGUAAAUGAUCAGUAUUGUCUAUUUAAGUAGCCACAACAAGUUGCUGCUACUAGUAGCUCUGUGUGUCUUUAGCCUUAUAAAUGUUAGUGGGAGCAGCCAUCCUGCUUGCCUUGGAUCAAGCCUUCUCCAGCCGGUAGAAAACCUUUGUUUAACCACUAGAUGGCACUGUAUUGUCACAAUUUCCACAAUGUUUAACACUGUGCAUCCUGCAAUGCACCGUAUGUGUGACUAUAAAGGGGACCAUUAUCUUUAUACUGUCAGAUGGUUCUUGGGCUUAAAAUGUUUCUUAAAAUAAUCAUCCCAGUCUUUUUAAAUCAAUGGAAAUGUAAAAUGUUGUAAUCGAUUUCAUGUAAAAUGGGAUAUUAUUAGUUUUUAUACUAACAUCAGGUGACUCUUCCCUGCUCACUAACUUCAUUUCAGGAGCAGAGCAAUAUCACCACUUUCCUUUUCUCACCAACUUCGUUUUCUGCUUACUGGCCAGUUGGCCGAAAUGAUAAAAGUUGGAGAGCUGCUGAACCAAAAGCUAAAUAAUUCAAGAACAGCUAAUUAU